GACUCACCUUGCAGUUUCCAGAUGUCUCUCUUCGCUUAACUUAAGAACCCCCUCUCUCUCACUCCCCUUCCACAUUAUAUAACUUGCACUUUCUCUCUCUAUAUCCAUCUGCAAAAACACACACAAAGAAGAAGGAAAAGAGGAUAAGAUCACAAUUCAGUCACAGUUUGUCAACAGCGAAGGGCAGAUCACACACAAGUGAAAAUCAACCGACUUCCAUCGAACCCAUUUCGAUCCAUUCGUUUCUCGAAAGUUUUUUCUGUAGGCAUCAAUAUCAACCAUGAAUCCAGACAAAUUUACCCACAAGACCAAUGAAGCCAUUGCUGGGGCUCAUGAAUUGGCGAUGAACUCUGGACAUGCUCAGUUCACUCCACUCCAUAUGGCUGCAGUAUUAAACUCCGAUCCCAAUGGCAUCUUUCGGCAAUCAUUAGUCAAUGCUGGUGGCGGUGAAGAGGCCGCAAAAUCGGUUGAGAGGGUUCUCAAUCAGGCAAUUAAGAAACUACCAUCUCAAACUCCACCCCCUGAUGAAAUACCUGCCAGCACUACUCUAAUCAAAGUGAUUAGACGAGCACAAUCAGCCCAGAAGUCCCGCGGUGAUACACAUUUAGCGGUUGAUCAAUUGAUUCUCGGACUUUUGGAAGAUUCCCAAAUUGGAGAUCUUCUCAAAGAAGCUGGAAUCAGUGUAGCAAGGGUGAAAUCAGAGGUUGAGAAACUUCGUGGGAAGGAGGGUAGGAAGGUGGAAAGUGCUACUGGGGAUACCACAUUUCAAGCUCUGACCACUUAUGGGCGUGACCUUGUGGAGCAAGCUGGAAAGCUCGAUCCAGUCAUUGGUAGGGAUGAAGAGAUUAGGAGGGUAAUUAGGAUUCUUUCGAGAAGAACCAAGAACAAUCCUGUUCUUAUUGGAGAGCCUGGUGUGGGUAAAACUGCGGUUGUUGAAGGGUUGGCUCAGAGGAUUGUUAGAGGGGAUAUUCCAAGUAAUCUUGCUGAUGUUAAGCUCAUAGCAUUGGAUAUGGGGGCUUUGAUUGCCGGCGCCAAAUACAGAGGAGAGUUUGAGGAGCGGCUGAAAGCUGUGCUGAAGGAAGUAGAAGAUGCUCAAGGAAAAGUAAUCCUGUUCAUUGAUGAAAUCCAUCUUGUUCUAGGAGCUGGUCGAACAGAGGGGUCCAUGGAUGCUGCCAACCUUUUCAAGCCAAUGCUUGCUAGGGGCCAACUUCGGUGCAUUGGUGCCACAACUCUUGAAGAGUACAGGAAGUACGUGGAAAAAGAUGCCGCGUUUGAGAGGCGGUUCCAGCAAGUUUAUGUAGCUGAACCAAGUGUUCCCGACACCAUAAGUAUUCUUCGUGGGCUGAAAGAGAGGUAUGAAGGCCAUCAUGGUGUUCGGAUUCAGGAUAGAGCACUUGUUGUUGCUGCACAGCUGUCGGCUCGAUAUAUUACUGGGCGGCAUCUUCCAGACAAGGCAAUUGACCUUGUGGAUGAGGCUUGUGCAAAUAUAAGGGUUCAACUUGAUAGCCAGCCUGAAGAAAUUGACAAUCUUGAAAGGAGGAGAAUUCAGUUGGAAGUUGAACUUCAUGCUCUUGAAAAAGAGAAAGACAAAGCUAGUAAAGCGCGGCUUGUAGAAGUGAAAAAGGAACUUGAUGAUUUGAGGGACAAGCUUCAGCCUUUGAUUAUGAGAUACAGAAAGGAGAAAGAAAGGAUUGAUGAGUUACGCAGACUCAAACAGAAGCGUGAAGAGCUCCUGAUUGCUUUACAGGAGGCCCAAAGGAGGUAUGAUUUAGCUAGAGCUGCAGACUUGCAAUACGGUGCAAUUCAGGAAGUGGAGGCUGCGAUAGCAAAGCUUGAAGGGAACACAGAAGAAAAUUUAAUGCUAACAGAGACUGUUGGACCGGAACAGAUUGCUGAAGUUGUUUGUCGCUGGACUGGAAUACCAGUAACAAGGCUUGGCCAGAAUGAGAAAGAGAGGUUGAUUGGCCUUGCUGAGAGGUUGCAUCAAAGAGUGGUAGGUCAGGAUCACGCAGUUAAUGCUGUUGCUGAAGCUGUGUUGAGGUCAAGAGCUGGGUUGGGGAGGGCACAGCAGCCAACUGGUUCAUUCCUCUUCUUGGGCCCAACUGGGGUUGGAAAGACUGAGCUGGCUAAGGCCCUCGCCGAGCAGCUAUUUGAUGAUGAAAAGUUGAUGAUCAGGAUUGACAUGGGUGAAUAUAUGGAGCAGCAUUCAGUUGCCCGCUUAAUUGGUUCACCACCUGGGUACGUUGGACACGAGGAGGGUGGGCAACUCACAGAAGCUGUGAGAAGGCGGCCUUAUAGCGUCAUACUGUUUGAUGAAGUAGAGAAAGCGCACCCUUCUGUUUCUAACACCCUGCUUCAGGUUUUGGAUGAUGGAAGGUUGACAGAUGGCCAAGGUCGAACCGUUGACUUCACCAAUACAGUGAUCAUUAUGACCUCGAACCUUGGAGCUGAGCAUCUGUUAGCAGGACUAAUGGGGAAGGCUUCAAUGGUGAAUGCUCGCGAGAGGGUGAUGCAGGAGGUGAAGCACCACUUCAAGCCGGAGUUACUAAAUCGGCUGGACGAAAUUGUAGUUUUUGAUCCUCUUUCUCAUGAACAACUGAAGAAGGUUGCCAGGCUACAAAUGAAGGAUGUCGCAAAGCGCCUUGCAGAGAGAGGUAUUGCCUUAGGUGUCACUGAGGCUGCAUUGGAUGUUAUACUAGCUGAGAGUUAUGACCCAGUCUACGGUGCAAGGCCCAUCAGGAGAUGGCUGGAGAAAAGGGUGGUGACCGAGUUAUCGAAAAUGCUUGUGAGAGGGGAGAUUGAUGAGAACACAACUGUCUUCGUAGAUGUUGCAUACAAUAGGAAAGAAUUAACGUAUCGGGUCGAAAAGAAUGGAGGGCUUGUGAAUGCUGCGACUGGACAGAAGUCGGACAUACUAAUUGAACUUCCUAAUGGCCCUAGGAGCGAUGCUGCCCAGGCAGUGAAGAAGAUGAAGAUAGAGGAAAUAGAUGAUGAGGAUGAAAUGGAUGAGUAAAUAGUAUGUUGAUGAUGGGCACUACUCAAAGAAUGUCACACAUGUUUCUUGUGGUUUUGUGACAUUUGUAUGUUUAAUGUUUCCAAGUGUGAUCAGUUACUAGGCUUCUUCCCCCGUUGAAGCUACUUUGUAACUGGUUUUUCUCUUUAUAAAGUUUUCGCAUCUUUUAUUUUGCCUGAAAA